AUGAAAAGUUUUACCUCUGGCUUUUCGUGGAAUAGCUUUAUUCAGUACUGGGGAUUAACCGACCAACAAUUGGCUAAAAUAGUGAUUGAAAAUGAUACUGCUGUAGAACAAACGGUACAAAUAUUCGUUAAAACAUCUGUUUCUGUUUUAAAAGAUUUUCUGAUAUUUCAUUACAUCAAUAGCCAUGCUGUUUAUUUGAAUAAUGCACUAUCUGAUGCUUAUUUUGAUUUUUACCAGAAAAAACUGAAUGGUGUUGAGAAGCAACGUACUCGUCAGGAGCGAGCACUUCAGAUUGUCAAUUCACUACAGGGUGAACCACUUGGGCAGAUCUAUGUAGAAAAAUAUUUCUAUCCACAAUCAAAAGAGAAAAUACAGAAAUUAAUUAGUUAUAUGUUCGCAGCUUUUAAUACGCGUUUGAAAGAUAAUGACUGGAUGGAUGAAGCUACACGCAAGGAAGCACAGAAGAAACUGGCACAGUUUACAGUUAAAGUCGGUUAUCCAGAUAAGUGGAAUGAUUUCAGUACGAUCAAUUUGAAACCUGACACAUUGAUGGAUAACUUUAAGCAAGUGGAAGCGUGGACUUGUCGCAACCUCAUGAGCAAAAUAGGUCAGUCUGUUCGUAAAUGGGAAUGGAACAUAACGCCACAGACCGUGAAUGCCUACUUCGAUCCUGUGUUAAAUGAAAUUGUGUUUCCUGCUGCGAUAUUACAGGCACCAUUCUUCGAGCCUAAUGUUGAUCCUGCAUAUAACUAUGGUGCGAUUGGCUCAGUCAUUGGUCAUGAAAUGGGGCAUGGUUUUGAUGACCAGGGGAGCCUGUAUGAUGGAACUGGCCGGUUACGCAACUGGUGGAGUAACAAUGCUAAAGAGCAUUUUAAAGAAAAAACCGCCAAAUUGGUGGAGCAAUAUAACAACUUUGAGGUCGAUGGUCAGAACUUAAAUGGCGAGUUAACACUCGGUGAAAAUAUUGGUGAUUUAGGUGGUUUAAAUAUCGCACUUAGUGCCUAUAAACGAUUCGCCAAAGAUAAUUACCCGAAUGGUGAGCCCCCCGUUAUUGAUGGCAUGACAGGCUUACAGCGUUUCUUUAUUUCAUGGGCCAGAACGUGGCAAGAGUUAUCAAAUAAGGAAUCCGUGCGUAAUCAGAUCCUGACUGAUGAACACUCGCCGAAUCAGUUCCGCGCUAAUGGGGUUGUUCGAAAUAUUGAUGACUGGUAUACAGCUUUUGGCGUGAGUAAGGGUAAUGCUCUUUAUCUUGAGCCAGAGAAUCGGGUGAUGAUUUGGUGA